UUUAGUCUCUGCACCGACGCUCUCUUUGCUGCUACUACUCAUCGACUCGACAUCUCGUCGCCAACUCACGCGUCCCAAAACCAGCCACACCCCACCCCACCAAGGCUCGGGCAGCCGCAAGAAUGGUUCAGCAGAAUACAACAGGCAACCCGCUAUGCGCGGCCUCGCUGGCCCUCUUCAUGGCCUCGUCGCUCCCCAAGGGCGACGCACCGCAGCUUAAGAAUGGCACAGAGGCCGUCGCACUGGCAGUCCACGCUGGCAUGAUUGCCGUUGGCUUCCGCCUGGUUGGACUGGGCGAAGACGAGCGCAUAGACGCCCAAGACCCCCAACAACUACCCGCACAGUGGAACGCCUCGUCUUCAAUCGCCUUUCGAUAUGCGCACGCCCAAUCCGCCAUGGAGUUUCUCGUCAAAGUCAACAGGCUGGGAGCCAAGGCUGUAGUCUUCGCCCUGGCAGUGGGCGACGACAAGACUGCGCACUUUGAGCUCAACACAAAAGACUACCUUUCCGAAUCACAAAUACCCUUCAGUGUUCCCGAGGGCACAUCAACAGAGGAAACAUCACAAAAGGUGCAAGACCUCUUCAUCUCACCAGGCAGACUGAACGAUCUGGGCUCGCUGCUCGAGAUCUCCGUCAUCCAGAAGCUGGCACCAAACCUGCACAAGCCGGGGUAUGAGGACAAUGCAGCAGCAGACCAGGAACGCACACCAGUGGCAGAGGGCCAAGACGCUCAGCGAGGCCAACCUUCAAAUCCAAGACAGCCACCCGCCGAGCCAGAUCCCGCUCGGCCUCAUCCAUUCAACGAUCCCCUCGCUGUGCCACCACAGGCUGGUCGCCCCCUCCCUGAGCCAAUACCCGGCUUCGACGAUGAACUCGACCUGAACCGCCGACCGGGCCGUCUCCAGGAAGGCCGCUAUCCCGUCAACAUUGGUCAUGACGACUUGUAUCCCCAAGGUCUGGGACCUCACGACCCUCUCCGACCACAUCUAGCAGGCGACCUGCCACGCCCAGGCGGUUUUGGUGGCGGCGGUAUGCAUCCCACUUUCGACGAUCCGCUGUUCCGUGGUCAGGGCGGACACGGCGGAUAUGACCCCAUGGCUCCCCCAGGUGCGAGAUACGAUACGUUUGGCCCCGGCGACCCGAGGGCAGACGACAGAGGAGGCGUUCCGAGAUUCCCUGGUGGACGGGGGCCGGGUGGAUUCGGUGGUCCUGGAGGUUUCGGUGGUCGCCCACCAAAUCCGUUUGGAGGCUUUGGAGGCGGCGACUUCAUCUGAACACAGUCUGCACAAGGCAGACCACGGGCGGUGGAUUUAAAAGACGCAAGAAGAUUCUUUUUUUCACGAGUAACGAAUGUUAUGAUAGCGCAUCGGUCGGUGACUUGGGCCCGAGGAUGCGCAUGUGGCACGGGUAAAGUGCUGCUGUGCCUCAACACUGCCAUUCUCAUGGCCAUGAUAUCACAAUACGUAGCUGAAUCCAACACAUAUGAUAUCCC